UCUCGUAGCCUCAGAUUUAUUCCAUGGCCCAGAGUCCUGGAGUGGUAAUGGUUGUUUCCUCACCGAAGGAGCGCGGGAUAUUGGUUGGAUGGCAACCCCCACAGAGGUUUAGUGUGCUGGCGCUGUCCGAAAAUGCGACCGCGGUGGAAGGUAGCCUUGACCUGCCAGCGGCUACCAAGGUCACCGAAGGCAUUUUCCUUCUAGAUAUCUGAUUCUUCUUUUGCUUUUGAGUUUAUUACGUCAAUAUUUUGGAAUAGCACUGAGUGGCAACGAAUGCACCUUCCUGAACCCAAGCUUCUGAUUUCCGCAUAGGACAAAUCAUUCAGGUAGAUAAAUAAGAUAUGGCUUCAACAAACUUCAACAACGCACCUUAUGUUUAUUCCUUUCAAUCCACGGCACUACAGCCGUUAGGCACGGCAAAAGACCCAGCCCAAACAGCUGGACUAGAGUGUUCCCAAAUUCAACAUCGAGUUUCACUUCAGCCAGAGCUAGGCCAGAAUUAUCUCACGUUCAAGCCAUGCAAUUCACAUGGUCACUCAAAUCAAUCAAUGGCACCAGAACCUGCUGGUCAGAUUGGGGAUUCCGUGAACAUUGGUUCUCAAAGGGUCCCCUCGCCAUCCUCGUUCGACAUGGCCCAGAGCCUUUACCGAGAAAGCAUACUUCCAACGCCUCUCCCUCCAAGUCCAGCAAUAAGUGCGACGGGUAUAGAUCUCCUGUCAAUUAAAGAGGAUCAAACGAUGGAAAUCGCUACCCCAGCAGGCCGUGGUCCACUUGCAUAUCAAACAUCAGGGGUUACAGCUUUUACUGGAAAACACCCCAGACCCACUACCCCAGAAACAACUCCGCCGUCAAGUCCGUACGAAUCCACGCCCCAAGAGUUGGUAGAUUUGCGGUUGGUCAAGUCUUCGAGACUUGUGUUCGGUGGGCACCAACUACAGAAGAACCAUGAACGGAGUAAUAAAAUGCACGGUAUGGACGAGAUUAGGAGAGUUGUCCGGAAUCAUCUUUCAAUAAACAAUUCAUAUUACGGUGUUGAACAACACCUGGAGGACGGACCAAACCGAAAGAAACAAAAGCGAUAUCAUGAGCCCAGUGCUCCACCAGAUCAGUUUCCACAGAGUGGAGGUGAAAUACGCACGCAUCGUGCUAUAUUCAAUGUUCAUUGGCAGGUGAAGGAAUUUGUUGAGGGGCAAUUUGGCGACGUGAGAGCGGUAUCCUUAGGUUCUGUUAUUGCAGUGACUGGAAGCGCACGAGAUGCACAAGCAACAACUGUCACAGAAUAUCUAAUGCAGACUUGGCCGGACACGGCCCUGGGCCUAAAGCUGCUUGAAUCGAUUCAGGAAAUUCUGAAUGAGGGAGGGGAAAUAUCAAGAGAUAAUGGCCCAAUUUUAAAAAUGUGUUAUGGCAACCCCAUUAUUGUUGUUCAUGUGGAUGGCGUAGAGGAAUCCAUUAUUCAAAUCGCUCAACAAUUAGCCUGGCUUGGGUCAGCACUCCGCACAUCAGAGAGUGGUUCGGUCGGACGCUCAGAAGCUCAAAUAUCUGCAUGGACUAAUAAUCUUCCUGCUAUUUUCGAAAUCGAGUUCGCCACGGAUGUUCUCGAGGAGAAGAGUUGUUGGCAUGACCUUUUUUUUAACCCAGUCAUCGCUUUCAAUUUUCCCAUUUCAAGUCGGGACCAUGGUUUGAUUGGAUUAGAGAUCCCGAUACAAAUGAUGGCCGCCUUAGGAGGUGCCAGUCAUGCGGUAGAGUUCAAGGGUGGCCUGAUGCUUAAAGGAUUUUCAUGCAUGUUUGUUCCGUUACAACGGCAUGGGAAUUCUAUUCAGUGGCAUUUCAUAACGAAUGAAGACAACACUAGGCUGGAAUACCUUCAAGCGGAUCAGCAAUGCCCAAAAAGAGCCUUACUCGGCAGCGUCGAUCAAGAGUCACUGGCCUCAACACGUGCGUUUCUAGGCUGGUGGGGGAAAGUGACAACAAAUCUCGGAACAACAGAUGCAAAAUACGAGAAUAUUAACUGGUCGCCUACCAAGGAGGCUAGUAGACCUAGAACUACCCCUGUGUUAUCCAUUCGGCUUCUGAAUAUUAUUGAGGUUGGAGUGAGCUUUGCUAUGGGCCCCAAAGAUAGCAAACUACAUGUCUCACGGACUGGCCAUUAUGAGAAAUUACUCCAACAUGCCUCGAAGGUUUCAGUUGUCCUCUACGACACCCGCGACAAGAGAGGUUGGUUGGUUCCAUCAUCGGCGGUGAUCGCGCAUAUUGCCAAGACGAGACAUUUCCGCAAGCCGUUUUCCAUCGCAGGCAAACCCGUGGAUAUAAUUUCCGCAGAUCCGGCUCGGAAUGUCUGUGACGCUGCAGAGAAGAUGUUACUUGAAAAUAGAUCAACCAAGCUGUUCGACGGAGAUGCUGGUUCCUCAAGCUUGUAUUUUGAACAAAUGGUGCGGGAUAUCUGGGGUUCAUUGGAAGACUUAUUGGGAAAAGGUACCGAAAGGGAAUUUACAUCUGACUCACUAAUGUCUAAAGGACAAAGGCUCCUAGGGUGGGAAUUCAUGGACUUGGUGGAGGAGAGAUCGCCACUCCAUCUAAAAGAGACCAUUAUCAAAAACAGUUGUGGGGGUUGGAUCAAUUUCGCACAGGAAAUCGAUGCCAUUGUUCUCUUUGCAAGCGGAUUCGAGGAUGUUAUUGAGCCAGCCGAAGGCUCUACAAAUGGUCUCUGUCAUCGAUGGAAAUAUGUCCCUAAAGAUAAGGACUACCUUGCAGCUGGUAUACCUAUCCUCAAAACUCUCUAUGAGAGAGCUGGCAGUCUUGUGACCAAAGAGAACCAGACUUAUCAACAUCGCCAACGGCACCAUGGCCAGAUGCUCUUCGAAAAUUGCCUAAGCAACGCAAAUUCUAGUUGCAAUUGCGAUCGUCUCCAGCAGGUUGAAAGCAAACAGCGAAUGGGAUCUGGAAGUGUAGUUUUUCUAGGACCACUGAAGUCCCAGGGGGCAGUGAUAUUUGGCAAAUCUGAAUCUUCAUUCCUUCUCGGAAGAAGUCGAACAAGAAGCAUGAGAAAAGGCAAUAAGCAAAACAACCUACCGGAGCCGCAUACAAAUUUUCCUAGCCUACCGAGCGUAGAAAGCCCCCUCCGUUGUGGGAGGUCUCCACUCAAACCGAGAAAACCGGAACCGAUUCCGCGCCAAGCUGUCGAAGCCGACAAAGAAGAUGUCAAAGACCGUUCUAAAGCCAUACAUGGAAUGGAACAAGAGGUGCCUGAUCGACUUUCUAAGGAGUUUCAUGAAGGAUCUGAAAACAUGUACCCGAGGACUUCAGAGGCUCGGCGCCCAUUUCCUCUGCGAGUGCAGGAACAGAAACAAGAUGUACAGCAAUCCCCCAACGGAUACAAGUCUGGGAUGGCGACUAGAUUCUGAUGUAUCGCCUCUCCCUCUACCAUCGACGACAAUAACGACCUGACCACGAUGAAUCACUGCGCUACAGCGCUGGCUCCAGGGCACGCGUCGGGUCCACAUGUA